GAAAUAAAGGUAUUUGAGGUUUUGUAUACAUUGAGUGAGGAAUCAAGCGGCGUCACAAGACAGCUGGUCCUAAAAUCGAAGACCAACACACCUUCUCCAAGUUGUCUCUCUUAUAUAGCGGAAAACAGCACUUACACCUCUCAAAAUGGCGGGCGCAAUGGCUAGGGCAUCAAAACUGCCCAGAGUGCAGGAUGCCCAUGGAGAGAGUGACCUUGGGCAUGUGUGGGGAGUCUCUGGUCCAGUGGUGACUGCUAAGCAGAUGAGUGGAUCUGCUAUGUACGAGUUGGUGAGAGUUGGUCACCAAGAACUGGUCGGGGAGAUCAUCAGGCUGGAGGGAGACAUGGCCACUAUACAGGUCUAUGAGGAGACCUCCGGUGUAACUGUAGGCGAUCCAGUGCUGAAAACUGGAAAGCCUUUGUCUGUGGAGUUAGGACCUGGUAUUAUGGGGAACAUUUAUGAUGGUAUCCAGCGUCCCUUGCAAGAAAUUUGUGACCUCACACAGUCCAUCUACAUCCCAAAGGGUGUUUCUACACCUGCCCUCUCCCGCACCAAGACAUGGGAGUUCAUACCAGAGUGCAGUGUUAAAGUUGGAAGUCACAUCACUGGAGGUGAUAUUUAUGGACUGGUGCACGAAAAUUCUAUCAUUGAUCAUCGAAUAGUACUACCUCCAAAAGCUCGAGGAACUGUUACGUACCUUGCUGCUCCUGGCAGCUACACUGUGGAUGAGACAGUUUUGGAGGUAGAAUUUGAUGGAGAGAAGCACAAGUACGGCAUGAUGCAGGUGUGGCCAGUGCGUCAACCACGCCCAGUGAGUGAGAAACUACAUGCCAAUCAUCCCUUGCUAACAGGCCAGAGGGUUUUGGAUGCUCUGUUUCCCUGUGUCCUGGGAGGAACAACAGCUAUUCCUGGUGCUUUUGGUUGUGGCAAGACUUGCAUCUCUCAGGCUUUGUCCAAAUAUUCAAACUCUGAUGUUAUUAUUUAUGUAGGAUGUGGAGAACGAGGAAAUGAGAUGGCUGAGGUACUGCGAGAUUUCCCUGAAUUGGAGCUGGAGCUUCAUGGCAAGAAGGACUCCAUCAUGAAGCGCACAUCUCUCGUUGCCAACACAUCAAACAUGCCAGUAGCUGCACGAGAAGCUUCCAUCUACACUGGAAUUACUCUCUCUGAAUACUUCCGUGACAUGGGCCUUCACGUUUCCAUGAUGGCUGACUCGACUUCCCGUUGGGCUGAGGCUCUUCGUGAAAUCUCGGGUCGGCUGGCCGAGAUGCCUGCCGAUUCUGGUUAUCCUGCAUACUUGGGUGCCCGUCUAGCUUCUUUCUAUGAACGUGCUGGUCGAGUCAAGUGUCUUGGCAACCCUGAACGUGAAGGCUCAGUUACCAUUGUGGGUGCUGUCUCGCCUCCUGGUGGCGAUUUCUCUGAUCCUGUUACUUCAGCCACCCUGGGUAUUGUUCAAGUGUUUUGGGGUCUUGACAAGAAGUUGGCUCAGCGUAAACAUUUCCCCUCAGUCAACUGGCUUCAGUCGUACUCCAAAUAUAUGCGUGCUCUAGAAGAAUAUUAUGAUGCACACCAUCCUGAAUUUGUUUCAUACAGGACCAGAAUAAAGGAAAUCCUUCAGGAGGAAGAUGAUCUGGCUGAGAUUGUGCAGUUGGUUGGUAAGGCUUCUCUCUCUGAUGCUGACAAGAUCACACUUGAGGUGGCCCGAAUUAUCAAAGAUGACUUCCUCCAACAAAACUCUUACACUCCAUAUGAUUGCUUCUGUCCAUUCUACAAGACUGUGGGAAUGAUGAGGAACAUCGUUGCAUUUUAUGAUAUGUCACGGCAAAUUGUCAAUCGUACAGCUCAAAGUGACAAUAAGGUAACUUGGCAAAUUAUUCGUGACUCAAUGGGCCAGAUAUUGUAUGAGCUAUCUUCCAUGAAGUUCAAAGACACACUUAAGGAUGGAGAGGCCAAAGUACAGAGAGAUUUUGAUGAAUUAUAUGAAAACAUUCAGCAGGCUUUUAGGAAUUUAGAAGAUUAAAUAUGAUGACAGGUUACAUAGAUGCACUUAUCUUACUAAUUUUACAAUUCAUUAAUGUAUUGAUGCACUGUACCUGAUAUGUUGUUCAGCUCAAAUUCACUAUAUCGCUGACGAGAUUCACACUCGUGAACAAAUAAAUUUUGAAUAUUCAGUGCACAUUAUGUUGGUAAGUUGUAAGAGUAGAAGGGAAGAUGUCCUCUUGGUGCAUCAUCCUUGGUCAUUCCACUGCCCAGAAAAUCGCUGGGCAGUCAGAUUUUGUGCUUGCCCUUUUGUGAAUCAUGUGGGGCCUUGUAUAGAUUUUACUUAGUAUUUAUAUAGUAGAGAGAGUAAUUUUUUUGUACAGUCAUACGAGAUUGUUGUUAAAAUAAGUUAUCGAGUAUAAAAACUAUUCUCUCUUGAUUUGUUAGCUAAGGAAGUGAGUUGACUUGCAUUGGGACUGGAUGUUUAUUUUUUUAUUUCAUAAAUGUAUAAUAGAGACUGGGCAUGGGGGCAUUAGUCUCCAUUUCCAAAAUAUAGGUAGUGAGUGUGUGCAAGCGCAACUUACUAUGUACUAUCUGUGCUGUGUAAGAAAUUUUUGCUUCUCAACUAGACAUUCCAGACUCAACAUUUGUGUAUAUUUGUGAAGUUUAUUGUGAGUAAACAAAUUGGAGGGGAA